GGGCGGGUUGAUCUCUUCUAUGGCCGCCUAUCCUGAAACUGGCAGAGUAUGGCCACGCUGCGCAGGCUGCAGGAGGUACCGCGGCACUUGCUGGUCUGCGAAAAAUCUAACUUCGGCCACGACAAGUCGCGUCACCAGCACCUCGUGGAGACGCAAUAUCACAAUUACAAGGUUUCAUUUCUCAUUCCUGAAUGUGGGAUACUAUCAAAAGAGCUGAAAAGCCUGGUUAUGGAAAAUGGACCAUUUUACUUUGUGAAGAACUUACCUCUUCAUGAACUAAUUUCACAUGAAUUCAUCAACACCUUUGUAAAGAAAGGUGCCUGCUAUGCACUAACAUAUAAUACAAGCAUUGAUGAAGAUAAUACUGUUGCCCUACUACCAAAUGGGAAAUUAAUUUUAUCGCUGGAUAAAGACACUUAUGAAGAAACCGGACUUCAAGGUCGUCCAUCUCAAUAUUCAGGCAGAAAAGUCAUGAAAUUUAUUGUCACCAUUGAUUUGAUGGAUUUAUCCAUUAAUCUGGAUUCCAAGAGGUAUAAAAGAACAUGUUGGUCCUUCAAAGAAAAAAAGCCUUUGAAAUUUGAUUUUCUUUUAGCUUGGUACCCUACAGGUGCAGAUGAAUCAACGAUGAUGUCAUACUUUUCCAAUUACCAAAUUCAGGAGCACCAGCCAAAAAUAAGCCAGAGCCUGCUGACAGACCUGCAGUGCCCAGUGCUGCAGAGCCCCAUGCUCCAGGGGGAGCCCGAGGUGGCAUGCAGUGCCCAGGAACUCUUCGACUGGCUGGGAGCGGUCUUCAACCAUGUGAGCUUAAAUAAUGAGUCUAAUAAUUUCAUAUCAACUUAUUGCUGCCCUCAGCCAAGUACAGUGGUGGCAAAAGCUUAUUUAUGUACAAUCACUGGUUUCCUACUGCCACAGAAAAUUGGUCUCUUACUGGAACAGCUAUGUCACUACUUUGAUGAACCAAAGUUAGCUCCUUGGAUUUCCUUAUGUGUUCAAGGCUUUGCAGACAGUCCUGUUUCGUGGAGAGAAAAUGAACAUGAUUUUCUAAAAGGAGGAGAACAUUUGUACAAUUUUGUGAUUUUUAAUAAUCAGGAUUAUUGGCUUCAGAUGGCUGUUGGGGCAAGGGAUGAUUGUCCACCUUAAAAAAU